AUACUUAAUGCAAACGACAAGAUGCCUAUAGACCGAUUUCAUCUCCCCAAACGGUGGGAUCCGACCCAUUGUUGUGUAUUAUGUGGACUCAAGAUUCCGACGGACGCGGAUGAUCCCAAUGUAACGCACGAACGUGAGGAUUGGAAAGCGAUGGCCGAGAAACUACAGCGACGCAAAAGGCCAUCACGACGUCUAGCAAGCAGAAGCCUAAUCGUUCCUGCCACUGAUUUUGAAAAUGUAGAGUUCAGAAAGAACCCUCCCCAAUGGUUAUGCUUCCACCGAACAAUUCUCGAUGACCCGAAAACGAACAAACUGCAAAUUUCCGGGAUAUCUCAUGGCUAUUUUGGGUGGUACCCUCGUCCGGCGCCAGUCGAUCCUAACAGGGCUGUGAUUUAUAGGGGAGCUAUAAGAGAAGAUCGUCGCUGGAAUGUAGAGUUCCAUAUGGCUAAUCUUUUUGAGCCAGAUUGGAAUAGAGAGGCAGGAGAACGCGUUGGGUAUCCUAUUCAUGUGCACUGUUGGUUGCUUCUCGACCGGUUUAUCGCACAUAAUGUUAUCAAGCAGAAUCUCAGGCUUUUCAUCCAAGUCAUUGAGGAAUUUUGGAAGGCGAAUAAAGAAGAAUGGGGACGCUGGGUAUUACAUAUUCCUGGUGAUCCCGAUCCUGAAAUGGAUGGCUGCUAUGAAGAUGGCAUACACUGGCUUAAGCGACAGUCAGAUGUUCCCAAACCUAUGAAUAUACGAGUAUUGGAUGAUGAAAAGUCACGUCCAGUGCACUGGCCAGCGAACCCACUUAGGAUUCCUGACAUCCAAGAGCUGACUGAGCGGGUUACUCGAAGUUAUAACCACCUGCGACUUGAUCGCCAUCCAGCAAAAGCCGCUAAUCUCCCCUUGGAUAUCGCAAUGAUUAUCAUUGACACAAUCUAUCAAUCACAGCCUCAUUCUCGGCAGAGGAUUGAAGAUACGCGAAAUAUCUUGGUUGCUUUUGGAUGGAUAUUGCCUAAUACAUACUGGCAGUCGCGCUGCAAUCCUCAACUUGUAUUUGAAGUAGAUGAUCUUAUUAAGGCAGGACCUGUGAUUGACUGGGCUGAGUUCUGCCUUGGAUUAGAAGAAUUACUGCUAGAUGAAGACUGGUACUGCAACAGCGGUUUGAAUAAUCGUGGUCGAAUAUUGAAGUUGUUUAAGGGCAUCAAGGAGCAGUUUGACAAGACGAUAAAGCAGGAAAACAGAACAGAGAGGGCCUAGACUUAAGUAGAGUAUGUCUAUCGGACCACAUAAUGAGGAGUUAAUGAUAUUUUGAAGCGUCUAGCUAGAGAAUAUAAGUCUGACUCGCUUGAUUACUCUAUAAUAUUACGGCCCCGUAGUAAGGGACCGAGUCCCUGGUCAUCAAUUAUCAGCUGUUUCCCAUACUCCUAGAACGACGACGUUAUUCAUUCGACAAGGGAUUUCUUCUUUGGUGGGAACAUGGCUUUAUGAGGGAGAAAAUGCGUCCGUGGAGACUGAAAGACAAUAAUAGAGAAACUACCUGGGAAAGGUACAGAACAUGGAGGAUUAUAUAGAGCUCAGGAAACAUG